AUGAGCUCAAGCUCAAAGCCUCCUGUCUCAGUGGACACUGUGGACACAUUGCCCGUGGAUGUGAUGGCAUGCAGCCCACCAGCAGGAGAAUCCCAGGAGUUUCUUUCGCCUGACCAUUCAGCGGAGCUCAAGAGAGCAACCUUCCACUCAAAGAGGCCUGUUGCAACACCUCACGCAGGACACUCGGGGGAAGCGCCCACUGGUGCACCCAAAAAUGAUCAAGUGAUUGAGUCAGAAGAUGUUGACAAGGACAAAGUGGAAAAGGAGAAGGUUCAAGGAAAGGAUGCAAAGAUCCCAAAAGAGAAUGUCCCAGGAAAGACCCCAAAAGGACUAGGAGCACAAAAUGGGGCUUUUACGCCGAGCGACCAAGAGGCAAGCCCAAAAGGAGCAGCUACGACACGGGUGGACCAACUUCAAAUGAAGGGCAACGAGGGUGAAGAGGGCGAGGAUCUACCAAGGAAAGGACGUGGGCGUGGGCCCCAUGGGCGAGGGAGAGGGAAAGGGAAAGGGAGAGGACGUGGUGGUCAGAAAGAUUCCAUUGAUCCACCAGAAGAAACUGAAACACGAGCAUCAUCCAGCAAGCGAAGCAACAAUGACCAGAUCCCCACAAACAAAAGAGCUAAGAGCGUCAGCAACAAGGGACAACAGGAUGAUUGGGCAGCGUGGGGGACUGAUCAGGCAUGGUCUCAGUCUUGGGACAGUUGGGAGGAGUAUGAUGCAUGGGUUUGGGACAGCGCAGCAUACUGGGAUGGGGAGUGCAGCAAGCAUGAGCUCCAAGAACUUGCCAAGAUGAAAGCUCAGUCAGCCGAGCCUCAACCCAGCCGAACCAAGAAACCCAAUGUUCCCAAAACCGAAACUGUUGAGAAAUCCACCAAGAGCAAGGAGAAUAAAAAACCCAAGAGUCAUGCAAAGAAAGCCAAAGCCAAUGAAGGAUCUAGCAAACUGGAGACCCAGGAAGAUGAUCAAUCGGAGAAUGAUGAGAAUGCCAACCAUGGAGGUUCCCGCAAGUCAAAAGCCACCAAGUCGAAAGCAAAGGCAGCUCAUGAACCGAAAAGCAAGAGAACCAGAAAAACCAACAAGAAAAUAGAGCAGGAAGAUGAAGCUGAGGAACAGGAGGAUCAAGAGGAACCACCCCAAGAACCAGAAACCGAACAUCCAGUUGAGGAAUCGCUCACGAUUCCAGACACAAGGCAGGGCCGUGUGAAGGAAAUGAUCAAGUUUGCAAAGGGAUUCAAAGGUAUGGCUGAAUGGGAUGCCAAGAUGCUGAUGAGGGGACGGUUGGCUAGCAUUUAUGCAUGUCGCAUGAAUGUCUACUAUGAGCGGCCAGCUGUGGGGUUGACAUGCCGGGCGGAAAAGAAAGACUUUGCAUAUUUCGCCAGCAAGAAUGCCAAUGUGUCCAAGACAUUUCGCAUGGCAGCAGCACUGAAAGCAGCUGAAAUGUUGGCACGCUUUGUGGACGAAGUGAAGCAGCGCAAAGGAGUCAAGAAGGAUGACAAGAUCACAGAGAACACUGCUGUGAAAAGCAUGUAUGAGCAGUUGAAAGAAAUUUUUGCUGAUGUCGUGAUCAUCAUGGAGACCAAGUCAUGGUCCACCGAAUCCUAG